AUGCUAGGAACCUUGGAUCCAGACAGCAAGCGAGAUUGGAAGACACAUGUUGGUCCACUUGUGCAUGCUUAUAAUUGCACUCAGCAUGAAUCUACGGGACAGUCUCCUUUCUUCUUGAUGUUUGGUCGGCACCCAAGGCUUCCUGUUGACAUAGCAUUUGGGCUUGACAUUGAGCCAAGCAAGCCCAAAUCUGUCUUGAAGUAUACAAAAUCUUUACAGGAUAGGUUAAAGCAGGCGUAUGACCUUGCAGCAGAGAUGGCAACCAAAGCUCAGGAAAGGCAGAAGACCAAAUACGACCAGAAGGCAAGAGCGGCAGUACUGGAGAGUGAAUCCGGAGAAGGGAAGAGAAGGACUCUACAUAGAAAUCUUCUUCUUCCAAUCGGGACCAUAUCCAACCAGGCACCAUCAGUACCGACACCAGCCCAUCCAGCCAGGCCAAUUCCAGCUCCAAGAAGAAAGCCAGCCACUCGAGCCCAGACCAUUAAGACAUAUGAGCCAGAAGAAACUGAUGACAGUGAAGACGAAUCAGUUAUGAUCCCGAUCCACACAUCCAGGUCCUCAGCAUCAACUGUCAGAGCAGUUGAUCGGCCAGCUGAGGGGGAAGAGAGCGCAGAGGAGAUAGAAGAAGUGGAUAUUAUGGAUACAGAGGAUACUGAUGAGACUGCUCAGGAUCAUGAGCAGGAAGAUACCCCUUCACCAGACCCUGGCUCAGGAGAAGAAACAUCCCCAGAAAGAGACAUUCCUGAUGUUCCGGAACCUACCCCGAGACAAGACCCAGAAGAUGACUCAUCUGGAGAUAUUCCAUCUGCACCAUCGCCCCGAAGAUUGACCCGGGAGAGACAUAAACCAAAAUGGAUGAGAAGUGAAGAGUAUGUUUUGUCCGCACAGCCACAGCCAGAAUGGAUGACAAGAGCGAGCUAUCUCAGUUUCCUAAUAGUUCCCUACAACUGGUAA